AUGUGGCAAUGCAGUGCGCUGCUAGUCAGCUGUGUCCUAGCGCUAGUCUUGAGUGAAACAGUCUUCGAUGUCUCCAAGUACUUUGAUCGCGUCCGCGGAGUUUCGGCAAAGGAUCGGAGGCCGGCUUCCAUAACUCAAGUGAAGAAGAGUGUUCCUCGAGAAGUGAAACGUGUAGUGCAAAACAGAAGAGUGUCAGAAGGAAUUCGAGGAACCAGGAAUACGCUGUAUCCAUUCGAAGCUACUCAAUUUCAAGAUGUCGGACAGACAGCACCAGGUCUAGUCGUCGAGAGUUCUCGUCUUAAUAUCCAAGCGCCACCUUCCAGGAAGUAUUACAACCCAGCUCUUAAGAAGGUACCAUUUCCUUUCGACCUACCUGUCGAACAACCGUACCCGUUCCAGAGUACUUCCUUCGCUAACUUGUAUCCCACAGCAUCUGGAUUCCAACUGGAAGACGGUCUUCUUCCAACAACUGCAGCUGCUUUUCCACCUACCGCAAUCGCAUCUCUUCCACCGACUUCGAUCGACUUCACGUCUCCAGAGUUCGUAGCUGACAGCUGGAGAAGCUUUCAACACAUUCCAGUCAGUGCACCUUCUGCAAUCCCCAACUUCAGCACCAGGCCUCCGUGGAUACCCCGCGGAGGGAAAAGCGAUUUUAAACCCCAAAGAGGGAAUCUACAAACAGGUAGUGCUCCAGGAAAUCAAGUGAGUGUCGUUCAAAACACCAAAAUCCCGACCAUAACUGCUGGAAACGUCAGCGAUCUGAUAAAGAUGGUGGAACAGUUAAUCAUAGCUUCAAAUCAAAAUAGUACAAAUACUACCAAUACCGCCAUUCCGAAUUUCAGGCGAUUUUUCAAACACCCGAGUGUUGGUUAAGAAAUGUCUGUGACAAGAAAAAACGUGAGAUCUAUAAUCAAAACUUCUUAAUAUGUAUAUAUUACAAGUGUAUUGUGAUAAGUUAAAAUAUUUAAGAUAUUGUGAUAUGUAAAAAAAAAAAUGUCAACUGUAUUUGUAAUAAAUAGUGGUUAAAUCU